GGAUGAUGUUCACAGGGUCUUGAGAGAGAGAGAAACCCCGCCUUCAGCUCGCCGAUCCUCUCCAGUCUCCACAGGAUGCCCUCGCCCGCCGAGCUAUCCGUACUCGUACCUCCAAUCCAAUGGACACUUGACGUGACGCCACGUGAAGCCAACCUCUCGAUCCGGAAUGGCCAUUCCCGCCAUGACAUCGAGACAUAAGCACCAUGGUUCUCCCCGAAGGCUACUUUUUCAAAAUAUAACUUGCUUCCGCUUGGGACUGAAAAACUUAUCGAUAGAAUCAGGAUGAUUUGGUUGUACUCUUUUCCGCUAAACCUAGACGUCAUCACGUCCCGCAAGUAUGCUAGGAGUACCCCAGCAUGGCCACGGAGCAAUGGUUCUUGCGCGUCACUACACUGCUUCACGCUUCUCGUAAUCGCACUGCUCUCACUCACGCCGCCCGCUCACGCAAUCCCCGUCUCUCCCAGCAGUAACAACACCCCCAUUCGCCUCAACCAUGUCCAGUUCAAAGCAACGCACAACUCCUACCACCGCGAGCAACCGCUCCUCUCACGCCCCUUCUUCAAGCUCCUCCUCCCCUCCCCCCAAAACUACUACUACUCCCACGCCUCCCUCACGGACCAACUCAGCGCCCAAAGCGUGCGCAGCUUCGAGCUCGACCUGCACGCCGACUACGCCGCCCCAGGCCAGUACAGCAACCCGCUGAUCGCGCGGCUGGCCGAGCUGCCCGCCCCGCCCCAGCGUUGGACGGAGACGAUGCGCCAGCCCGGCGCCAAGGUGCUGCACGUACCGGACGCGGACGUCUUCAGUAGCUGCGCGAGCCUAGCCGCCUGCCUCGCCGAGCUACGUGCCUGGAGCGAGGCGCACGCCGCACACGUCCCGCUAGUCAUCGACCUAGAGUUCAAGCAGCCAGACGAGCGCAUGGCGCGGCUCGGGGGCACGAAGGGCGAAAACUGGACCACCGCGACGCUGGAAGCCGUAGACGCCGAGAUCCGGGCAUCGCUGGCGCCCGCGCAGCUGCUGACGCCCGACGACCUGCGGCUGCGGCCCGAUGCCGUGCGCCGCAACCUCACGCUCGAGCAGAGCGUGCUGCAGCUGGGGUGGCCGGAGCUGCGGGAUUGCCGCGGCAAGGUCCUCUUCGUCAUGGACAACGACCCCGAGCCCGGGUCUGUCCGGGACGCGUACCGCGCUGGCGGACACGCCAAUCUCGACGGCAGAGUCGUCUUUACUAAUUCUGUCCCUGGCGAGCCGGACGCCGCGUUCGUCAAGCGUAAUGAUCCGAGGGGAAAGGCGAACCGCGCCGAGAUCCAGGAUUUGGUGCGCAGAGGCUACUUGGUGCGCACGCGUGCGGAUGAGCCGCUUGAUACCGUGUUGACGGGUGACGUGAGGAGGCGGGAGGAGGCGUGGGCGAGCGGCGCGCAAAUCGUGAGUACGGAUUGGCCGGCUGUGGGCAUGGCCGCGCGGUAUGAUAGCGACUAUGUUGUCGAGCUGCCGGGCGGAGGGACUGUGAGAUGCAAUCCUGUCAAUGCGCCAAAGGGGUGUGUGGACGCUGAGUUGGAGAAGCUGUGGCUGCCGGAUGUUAUAACGAAGGCUCCGGCACAGAAUCCCAUGGUGUGAAGACGUUGUGGGAGAUUUGGAAAGGAGUCUACAACGGUCGGAGGGGGAAAUGUUGUUACAGUUUAUAUACCCUCAUGAGCGGCAUCGUUAGCUACGAACGUAAGCUCUAGGCCUAUAUAAGAAGUAAUCCAUAGGGAGCGUUCUCGUCUACUUAUAGGAGCAUAUAAGCCUGUUUGCAGUAUUUU